AUGUUGCCCUCGCCGGCUGUCUCAAGUGUUGAACGUUUCUUGAGAGCCGGUGACAAAUCUGAGAGGAGGACCAGCGUUCCUGGACCACAAGCAGCCUCCCACCAUCUUCCGCGUUCGACGAACCCUCCAGGGCAGCUUAGGCCACGCAUACUUACUCCAAAUCCGCUCACACUUUUCAGGACGGGAUGGAUGGGCCAGUGA